GGGAGCUGGAGGCUGCGGGGCGGGAGAGUGUGGCCCAGACUGCCGGACCGAGCGCCGAGAACCUGCUACCGGCACCGUUCGAACGUGCGUUCAUGGUUUUUUGUUUUUGUAUGAGAUUAAUUUUUUCGUACGGUACGUUCCUGAGUCCCAGGAAUUAGCGCCCUGACGAGAACGGCACAAUGGAGGAUGGGAAGCCGGUGUGGGCGCCCCACCCAACAGAUGGCUUCCAACUGGGAACCAUCGUGGACAUCGGAACCGACAGUCUCACCAUCGAGCCUCUCAAACAGAAGGGAAAGACAUUUUUGGCUCCCAUCAACCAAGUCUUCCCUGCAGAGGAUGACGUCAACAAGCACGUGGAGGAUAAUUGUUCUUUGAUGUACUUGAACGAAGCCACGCUGCUCAACAACGUGCGCGUGAGAUACAGCAAAGACAAAAUCUAUACGUUUGUAGCCAACAUCCUGAUCGCCGUGAACCCGUACUAUGACAUUCCAAAGCUUUACUCUGAAGAGACCAUUAAACAGUACCGGGGGCGCUCGCUGGGCACGCUGCCGCCUCACGUCUAUGCCAUCGCUGAUAAAGCGUACAGGGACAUGAAGGUCCUAAAGAUCAGCCAGUCCAUCAUUGUCUCGGGGGAGUCCGGUGCUGGGAAAACUGAAAACACCAAGUUUGUUCUGAGGUACCUGACGUCGUCUUAUGGAACCGGACAGGACAUCGACGAGAGGAUUGUGGAAGCAAACCCCCUGUUGGAGGCUUUCGGGAAUGCCAAAACGGUCCGGAAUAACAACAGCAGUCGCUUCGGAAAGUUUGUGGAAAUCCACUUCAAUGAAAAGAACGCUGUCGUUGGAGGCUUCGUGUCACACUACUUGCUGGAGAAGUCGAGGAUCUGCAGGCAAGGCCAGGAGGAGAGGAACUACCACAUCUUCUACCGGCUGUGCGCAGGAGCACCAGAAGACAUCCGGCAGAGGUUCCACCUCAGCACGCCAGACACAUUCAGGUACCUGAACAGAGGAUGUACUCGCUACUUCGCCACCAAAGACACAGACAAACAGAUUCUGCAGAACCGCAAGAGCCCAGAGGAGGACAAGCAACUGAAGUCGGGCGCCCUGAAGGACCCCCUGCUGGACGACCACAGCGAUUUCACCCGCAUGGUUGUGGCCAUGAAGAAGAUUGGUCUCGACGACACUGAGAAGCUGGACUUGUUCAGGGUGGUGGCUGGUGUUCUGCACCUCGGCAACAUCGGCUUUGAGGAGGCUGGAAGCACAUCAGGCGGCUGUGCCAUCAGGAACCAGUCGAGUAAGACGCUGGAGUACUGUGCCGAGCUGCUGGGUCUGGACCAGGAGGACCUGAGAGUCAGCCUCACCACCAGGGUGAUGCUCACAACAGCAGGGGGCACCAAAGGAACAGUCAUCAAAGUUCCGCUCAAAGUUGAACAGGCGAACAACGCUCGGGAUGCCUUGGCUAAAGCCGUGUACAGUCGCCUGUUUGACCACGUGGUGACCAGAGUGAACCAGUGUUUCCCCUUCGAUUCAUCGGCUAACUUUAUUGGGGUUCUAGACAUCGCCGGAUUUGAAUACUUUGAGCACAACAGCUUCGAGCAGUUCUGCAUCAACUACUGUAACGAGAAACUGCAGCAGUUCUUCAAUGAGCGAAUCCUGAAAGAGGAGCAAGAGCUGUACCAGAGGGAGGGGCUGGGAGUCAACGAGGUUCACUAUGUGGAUAAUCAGGACUGCAUAGAUCUGGUGGAGGCCAAGGUGGUCGGCAUCCUGGACAUCCUGGACGAAGAGAACCGUCUGCCUCAGCCCAGCGACCAUCACUUCACAGACACGGUUCACAACAAACACAAAAACCACUUCCGUCUGACGGUACCGAGGAAAUCCAAGCUGACUGUCCACAGGAAUGUGAGGGACGAUGAAGGAUUCAUUAUCAGACACUUUGCAGGAGCCGUGUGCUACGAGACGACCAAGUUUGUGGAGAAGAACAACGACGCCCUGCACAUGUCCCUGGAGUGUCUAGUCAGCGAGUCCAAAGACCAGUUUGUCCAUGACCUCUUUGAGAACUCCAACAACAGAAAAGACAUCAAGCAGAAGUCCGGAAAGCUCAGCUUCAUCAGUGUCGGCAACAAAUUUAAGACCCAGCUGAAUAUUCUUCUGGACAAGCUCCGCAGCACGGGUUCCAGUUUCGUCCGCUGUGUUAAACCCAACCUGAAGAUGGUCAGCCACCAGUUUGAAGGCGCUCAGAUCCUGUCUCAGCUCCAGUGUUCUGGUAUGGUGUCGGUUCUGGACCUCAUGCAGGGUGGUUUCCCCUCCAGAGCUCCAUUUCACGAACUCUACAGAAUGUACCAGAAGUACAUGCCUCCCAAACUCUCACGCCUUGACCCUCGCCUCUUCUGCAAGGCUUUGUUCAAAGCCCUCGGUCUCAACGAGCACGACUACAAGUUUGGCCUGACACGAGUGUUUUUCCGGCCGGGGAAGUUUGCAGAGUUUGACCAGAUUAUGAAGUCGGACCCGGACCACCUGGCAGAGCUGGUGAAGAAGGUCAACAAAUGGCUCAUCCACAGUCGCUGGAAGAAGGUCCAGUGGUGCGCUCUGUCUGUCAUCAAAUUGAAAAACAAGAUCUUGUACCGGACCAGUUCCUGCAUCACCAUGCAGAAGACGGUCCGAAUGUGGCUGUGCAAGAAGAAACACAAACCUCGGAUCGACGGGUUAGUCAAAGUGCGGAACCUGAAGACGAGAAUGGACAGAUUCAACGAGGUGGUGACCGGACUGAAGGAGGGCAAAAAGGAGAUGAGCCGGCAGAUCAAGGAGCUGGAAGCCGCCAUCGACGCUCUGAUGCACAAAAUCAAGAGCACCGUCAUGUCGCGGCUCGAUAUCGACCACGAGUACCAGGCCCUGGUGACCCGGUCAGAGCAGCUCCUGACCGCCUUACAGAACAAAAAGAAGGAGGAGGAGGAGAGGGAGCGACUGCGGCGGAUCCAGGAGGAGAUGGAGAGGGAGAGGAAGAGGAGAGAGGAGGAGGAGCAGCGCCGCAAGCAGGAGGAAGAGGAGAGACGACUGAAAGCGGAGAUAGAGCUGAAGAGGAAGCAGGAAGAAGAGGAGAGGAAGAAGAGAGAGGAGGAAGAGAGGAGAAUUCAGAUGGAGAUGGAGCUGCAGCUGCAGGCGGAGCGUGAGGAAGAAGCGGCACAGCAGGCCAUCCUGGAACAGGAGCGGCGGGACAGGGAGCUGGCACUGAGGAUCGCCCAGAGCGAGGCCGAGCUGAUCCCUGAGGAGGUGCAGAAUGACACAGGCCUGCGCAGUAAUGGUGUCUCAGUUCCGUCGUCCCCAGAGAGAGCAGCUGCCGCUGGAACCACAAAGCACAAGAGCUUGACCAUGGAAGAAAUGGCGAAGGAAAUGACUGAUCUUCUGGCUAGAGGUCCACAGGUCCAGGCUUCCAAAGCUGCUGCUGGAGCCAAGAAGUACGAGUUGAGCAAGUGGAAGUACGCCGAGCUGAGGGACGCCAUCAACACCUCAUGUGACAUCGAGUUGUUGGCGGCCUGUCGGGAAGAAUUCCACCGUCGCCUCAAAGUUUAUCACGCCUGGAAGACGAAGAACAAGAAGCGCAACACUGAGGUGGAGCAGCGUGCGCCGAAAUCUGUCACGAACUACGAUCGAGUCCCAGCGGUGAGAAAAUCAUCAGCCCAACACCACCCAGCCCCGCCCAUCCCAGCCCGGCAGUACGAGGUUGCCAUGAACCGACAGCAGCGCUACUUCCGUAUCCCGUUCAUUCGGCCGGGCGAGCAGUACAAAGACACACAUAACAAGAAGGGCUGGUGGUACGCUCACUUCGACGGACCCUGGAUCGCCCGGCAGAUGGAGCUGCAUCCCGACAAACAUCCGAUCCUCCUGGUGGCAGGGAAGGAUGACAUGGAGAUGUGUGAGCUGAGCCUGGAGGAAACGGGUCUGUCGAGGAAACGGGGAGCAGAGAUCCUCCCCCGCCAGUUUGAGGAGAUCUGGGAACGCUGCGGCGGGAUCCAGUACCUCCGCAGCGCCAUCGAGAGCCGGCAGGCGCGGCCCACCUACGCCACAGCCAUGCUGCAGAGCAUGUUCAAGUGACGCUGCACCAACUUCUCACUGACGUUUGGGGUUUGGUUCCUCUUUGGGGAGCGA